AUGCGGCGGCUUUCCCCAGCUCUGGGCCUUCUUGCUGCGGCCCUCAGCUGCGCAGGGCCUGCAGCAGGGGUGCAGCACAAGCUGCACCACAGGCAGCAGCAGCAGCAGCAGCAGCAGCACGGCCACACUUCAGCUUCGCAUGCUGCUGCAGUUCUUGCUGCUUCCUCGCAUGCAUCCACAGACUCCAAUCCCUUCAUGGAGCCUCCCUAUGCCGAAUUCAUGGCCAGGUUCAACAUUCCCAAAGUCCACGGUGAGAGCCCCCCAACCCAGCAGCAGCAGCAGCAGCAGCAGCAGCAGCAGCAGCAGCAGCAGCAGCAGCAGCAGGAGCUUCCCAGCCCUUUCUUCUCCCCCUCACAGUUCAGCGAAUCCAGCGUGCUGCCAUCGAGUUGCAGCCGAGUCCAUAAACACCCGAACCUGCCGCUGCCGCUGCUGCUGCUGCCGCUGCUGCUGCUGCUGCUGCUGCUGCUGCUGCUGCUGCUGCUGCAGGGAGCGGGGUGUACGUGGACCUGGGGAACGAGAAGGAAGUGA